AUGUGCAAGGCCCACGGCCAGAGGGCCCUUGGGGCCCUCCCCUCUCAAAGACUCAAGGCCUUAGGCCCCCUGGCCCGAGAGCCCACAGCCCGAGCUGGAGAAUGCCCUGAAACAGCCAUAUUUUCGGUUGGCCAUGGCGGUGAUGGCGCAGCCGGCAGGUGGAUGGAUCCAGGGCCCAGCCAGGGGACCCCCUUCAGAGGACAAGCACCGAACUUUACAGGGCCUCUUUGGCGCCAAGGGUUUGCCCCGGUGCAGAGUGACGAUGGGGCAGGCGUGGCGUCAGGGGCAGGAUAUCAGAUCACUCUUGCCAACCUAAAGUCCCGUCCCUUCACAAUACUGAUUCAGGGCUGCAAGAGCUACCACAAAGACAAAGCAGGUGAGAAGCUACCUAGGAAGGUAGCAAUGGUAAGGAACAAGAGCUCCUCUCCACCCUCGAUCCCUGCCUCUCGAGCUCAACCCCAGCGGCGCCACAUCUGCGAUGAUGAUGUCGCAUCUGUCCCUGAACCUUGA